AUGGAAGUGGUCAUGAUAAUCAUGGUUUUGUUCUUGUUGGGUCUAGUUUGGAACCUUCUUAGAAGUGUAAACGGGUUUGUUUACGAAAGGCUUAAAUUGGGGAACCAAAGAUUUCUUCUCCCACCGGGAGAUCUUGGUCUGCCGUUCUUCGGAAACAUGUUAUCUUUUCUCAGAGCCUUCAAGUCCACCAACCCUGAUUCCUUCAUCUCUUCCUUUGUAACCAGGUUUGGAAGAACUGGAAUAUACAAGGCUUUCAUGUUUGGCAAUCCUAGCAUUAUAGUGACUGCUCCGGAUACUUGCAAACGAGUCUUAACCGACGAUGAUUGUUUCAAGCCCGGUUGGCCCAAGUCUACGGUUACUUUAAUAGGAAAGAAGUCGUUCAUCGGCAUUGGCCAGGAAGAACACAAGCGGUUGAGAAGGCUAACAUCGUCUCCCAUCAACGGUCAUGAAGCUCUGUCUCUUUACUUGGAGUUUAUAGACGAGAAAGUUGUGUUGGCAUUAGACAAAUGGUCUAAAAUGGGACAAAUUGAGUUGUUAACUCAACUAAGGAAACUUACUUUUAGGAUAAUCAUGCACAUUUUCUUGAGCACUGAAAGUGAUCAAGUGAUGGAAGCUUUGGAGAAAGAAUACACGGUUUUGAACCAUGGAGUUAGAGCCAUGGCCAUCAACAUCCCCGGUUUCGCUUAUCAUAAAGCUUUCAAGGCUAGGAAGAAUCUUGUGAAUGUUUUUCAAUCCGUGGUGAGCGAGAGAAGGAGGAGGAUGGGGACCAUGAAUUUAUCGGGUAGAACAAAAGGCGAUAUGUUGGACUCUUUGUUGCACGUUGAGGAUGAUAAAGGAAGGAGAUUGACCGAUGAGGAAAUCAUCGAUAUCCUAGUCAUGUACCUAAACGCGGGACAUGAAUCUUCUGGCCAUACAGCAAUGUGGGCUGUUCUUUACUUACACAAACACCCCGAGGUUUUCCAAAAGGCCAAGGCAGAGCAAGAAGCCAUACUAAGGAAGAGGCCGGCUGGGCAGAGAGGCUUGACGCUCAAGGAAUUUCGCCAAAUGGAAUACAUCUCCAAGGUGAUUGAUGAAACACUGCGUAUUGUCUCUUUCUCGCUUAUGGUAUUUCGAGAGGCAAUAACCGAUGUCAAAAUAAAUGGUUAUAUAAUUCCAAAGGGAUGGAAAGUUUUGGUUUGGUUCAAGUCUGUUCAUUUUGAUUCCGACACUUACCCAAAUCCCACUGAAUUUGAUCCUUCGAGAUGGGAUGGAUUUACCCCGAGGAUGGGAAGCUUUCUUCCAUUUGGAGCUGGAACUAGAUUGUGCCCCGGAAAUGAUCUUGCGAAACUAGAAAUCGCUGUCUUCCUUCACCAUUAUCUUCUUGGUUAUGAGUUCGAUCGAGAAAAUCCAGACUCGAGGAUAAUGAAUUUGCCUCAUCCGAGGCCUAAGGAUAACUGUUUAGGAAAAAUAAAGAAGGUUUCUCAGCAUCUUUGAACUUAUAGACAACAAAAUAAGCUAUAUAAUAAUAUUAUCAUGUUUUUUUUUGGUUGUUUGGGAUAUUUUGCAACUAUAAGAUGAAUAAUUGUGAAGAAAAUGAUGUAGUAAGAGUAUGGUGAUGGAAAUUAAUAUUAUUUGCUUUUUCUUUGAA